UCCUAUUUGCCGCUGUGUUUUGCACGUAGUGAGACCACUAGGUGUUCCCUGCCACCAUGGUUCACAUUGUUAUAAUAUUGGAUCACUCAUUGUAGGCCGCUUUAGUGAGCGUUCAUACCAGGGAUGAUGAUUACUUCUGAGAGGAUAUCGGGUCAGCAUCUUUUCUUUACAGCGUCCAUGGAAGUAAUGUGUAAUGGUUCAUGCCAGCACACAGCUUUUUGUUGAAGAUUGGCUUGUGGGUCUGUGCACCAAUCUUCAACUUAGAAUCGUGUGUGGCACACGCCGUUUCCAUGCACAAUGUAGUGAAGACCACUACCACAAACAUGCAGCUUAGACUUUGAUCAUUUGUGCGCUGUAACGCAGAUACACUUUUUGUGAAGGCAUUGUGUUUCCAACUAAAAGGAAGACAGGGAAUCUUGGACUAAAUAAAUAUAUUGCCGGGCAUUGAAUCCAUGCAUCCUUUCUAACACUAAAAUAAAUACAAUAACAAUUGUCACGAGUUGUCAUGUUUACAACUGUGGUGAUUCCCAGUGAUCAAAUAACAGAAGACACUGUGGCAAUCAGUCAUGACAAAAUCCUUGGAAUCGUGCAAGUUUACACUUAAUAAAAGUAGCAGAACAAUACUGAGCUGAGGAUGAUUGACAACAUGAAUGACAUGGAGGGAAUGAGAUGGCAAUAGUGAUAGGGAUUUUCUAUACAUGGACGCAUUUCCAUUCAACUUUUGCGUGUCAAAGUUUGAAAAAUGUAUUAACAUUUUGUUGGACAGCACGUCUAGCACAAUCUAGCUUUGAAACAUGUCUUCAUACUUACACCUGCAAAGCUGAUGUGUAUGCAACACACAAAGUGAUUAGUUGAAGUAACAAUGGCCUGUGAGGUGUGUUAACAAUAAUUAGAAGAUGACGACAUUGUCUGAUUUGGUGUUCCCUCUGCGUCAUAUCUGCUCCUAUAAAGUCUUAAAACACAAUCCUCUCCCAGAAGACAGGACCGAACCCAGCAAAGGACCUUCAUCUAUGGAUCUGUGCACUUCCAUGUCCCAUUAAGAGAUGGUUUGGUAACGUGAAGCUAUUGUGUAUGUCCCACUUAUUGUUGGUACUAUAUAAAUAUUCUAGUGUGUGUGUAAUCGGCUAAAAUGUAAAGUUGUGAGGUUGUUAUUUGGGCUGUGUGACUGAGGAAACCUGUGUAUCUGGCUGUUACAAAUAUCUUCGAUUUCAAUGAUAGUUUUUUUGAUAAUGAAUUCUUAAUGUUGAUCUGUCUUUAAAGCUACAAUAGGUUGAUUGUGACAGUGUUUCAAACCCUUGGACAGCUGGCUAUAGCUGAAGAUUAUAUGGCGGCCAAUAACUCAGUGGUUGGUGUUGAAUCUCCAACGUACAAGAUUAACUAUCGGGUAGUCAUAGUUCAGGUUUUGGUGUCAGUCUUUCUUUUCAUCAACUUUUUGCUAAUAAGAACUUUUUUCGUGAAAGACUUCUACACAACCAUGCGGUACAUCUUGUUUGCUACAACCCUGCUGUCUGACUCUUUAUUUUUAAUCAUAUCUGACAUCCUGCUCAUUUUCAGUUACAUUAAGAUUACCAUGCAAGUGUGGCUGUGUGUUAUCAUAUACAUUGUUUCAUCGCUGUACACUUUUGUCACACCGGUUACUUUGACAGCAAUGACCCUGGAGCGCUAUGUGGCCGUUUGCAGGCCCCUGAGGCAUGGAGAGCUGUGCUCAACUCGCAGAGCUCUGCACUGCGUCCUCAUCAUUCACAGCCUCAGCGCUAUACCCUGCGUAUUUAUUCUUGCCGCCUUCUUUGCAUCAGCGUCCCACAACUUCUAUUCCCAGGGCAGAGAAUGUGGUGUGGAAAUUUUCACCUUUCACAAAUGGCAGGGUCAUCUUCGGUCAGCUGUAAGUCAGUUUUACUUCUUCAUAAUGCUCAUUGCUAUUGUAUUCUGUUAUGUUAAAAUAAUGAAAGUAGCCAAAGCUGCAUCAGGAGAGGAUAAAAAGUCAACAAGGAAAGGUCUCAAAACAGUAAUUUUUCAUGCUUUUCAGCUGUCGCUCUGUCUCUUCCAUCUGUGGUGUCCAUUCAUAGAGGCUGCUGUACUUCAGAUUAAUUUAAUAUUAUUCAUUAAUGUCAGGUAUUUUAAUUACAUUGCUUUUAUUCUCGCUCCAAGAUGUAUAAGUCCUCUUGUGUAUGGCCUCAGGGAUGAAAUGUUUUUUCAUGCACUAAAAUACUAUGCUCUCUGUGGCUUGUAUAAGAAACAGUCGCCAAAUGUACCUUGAUUAAUAAAUAUUUGUUUAAGUGUAUCUUGCUUCAUAAUACAAUAAUAUGUAUGUACAUAAAAUAUAUGUGUGAUUAUAUUACAUUGAUAGCCCCAGUUUCUUACAAUACAUUAUAGUGACCCACACAACCUUCUUUUUGGUCUAUUCACAACGUAGCAGUCUACUACUGGACCUUCAGACAUCCAGACGACCUAAAAUUGGACUAAGUAUCUUUUCUUUAAACCAAACUAGUCCAAACCAAACAUGGUAGUUUGAUUUAUCUCAGUUUUUUAGGGACUGGACUGACAGUUCUCUCUGUAGAUUCUGCCAUAUUAGAUUAAGUGACUUAGUGAUAAGUGACUUCUAGCGUGCCCUCAUAUCUUUGCUAGGUUCGAACUGAUCUAACUCUGUUUUGCUUUCUCUUCUGAAGUAAAGCUGACUUGAACCUUUGAAACUCUCAGGUUGUCAAAACAGCAGACUGUGAAUGUUCACUCAUUAGGGUGACAAAGUGGUUGUUGUUUUGCACUUUGGGAGUCAAGACAAGUAGGACAAGGACAAAGGUGUCUUCUGUGGGGGAUUUCGGGGCGACUGAGUGCGGCGGCUCUGACUGCUAAUUUUAAAUAAUGUGUUUGACCCCUCUACCUGCUACUUGCAAGGCAGACCUGAUCUCCGGCUUUGCUAUCCAGCAGUCGCUUGACUUCCUCGAUCUCACCGAGACCUGGAUCACACCGGA